AUGCUCCCAAGAACAGCCCUGCGCCGGAUUACUCGACCACACCCUUCUUUGAACGCGCAAACGACAGUUGUACGACAUUUGUCCCAUGUUUCGGUUCGACCAUCACUUACAGCACUUGGGAAACGGCCAGCCCUAUCGUCUGCUUCUGCUACCUCUCCUUUCGUCGCCUCAUCGAGGAGUCUAUCUUGGACCCCAUGGCGGCCCUCAACUCCUUCGACCGAAGUAGCCAACGAUCACUCAGCCGCCUCAACAUCUACCUCUAGCGCUUCACCUUCCUCUCACGAACCUAUUUUAUCAGAGUCACAUCCCGAUCUGACAUCAUCCACCUCUUCUGUGUCUUCAACAUCUUCUCCGGCUGCAUUACCCGAUCCCCUUUCUUCACCUUCUUCCUCACUCUCAUCGUUAGACCCCUCACUUCUACCUCAACCUCCAGCGGAUGCUGUCACACCUACUCUGGCAGAUCUCAUACUGAACUCCGGAAAACCAUUAGAAGAAGUUUUGAACUCUCCAGAAGCUGUGCAUGCUGCUAUGCAAGUAUCGGAUUUAAAAUUGUUAGGAUAUGAACAUGGUUUCUUUAGUAUCUCGGGUUGGUUCACAGAUGCUAUCGUCGGAAUACAUACUACAAUAGGUCUACCAUGGUGGGCAACUAUCGCCUCUAUCACCGUUGCCAUCCGUCUUGCUCUUUCCCCAAUUCUUGUAUCCACUCAAAAGCAUAACGUGCGACUGGCCGCCGUCAACCCUCAGAUCCAAGGUCUGAUGGAGAGAGCUCAAGAAGCCAAAGCAAAGAACGACAUACAUGCUCAAGCCUUACUCGGUCAAGCUAUGCGACAAUUGAUGAAAGAUUAUAAUGUCAAUCCUCUUAGGGCCUUACUUCUACCCGCUGUUCAGUUACCUAUCUUCUUGACAUUCUUCAAUAUCAUCCGAGGAUUGGCACAUCUACCUUUACCCCAAUUGAAGGAAGGUGGUAUAGGGUGGGUUACCGAUCUUACCCAAGCGGAUCCUUAUUAUAUUCUCCCUCUCACUUCCCUACUUUUCACGAAUCUGGUUUUCAAGUUUGGUGCGGAUGGAAUGGGAACCGCUCAAAAGGCUGGCUCACCUGAAAGAACAGCACACAUCAAGAAUUUCAUCCAGAUGACCACUCUUGCAUCCCUGCCUGUAGUGUCAUUUUUCCCUGCUGCGAUCCUGUUCUACUGGACAUUUUCGACCGGUUUCACUCUUCUUCAAUCAAUGGUUUUACGACAACAAUUCGUCAAAACCAUGCUUGGCAUUCCUACACCGCCUAAAAUACCACCUCCUCCAGGAGAGAAGGAUUUCAAAGAUCCCAAUUGGCUUGACACCCUGAAAGCUGCCAAAGACUUCGUACAGGGCAAUUAUGAGAAAGCGCAAGUGAUGAGUAAUGAGAGACAAGCGGAACAGAUGAGGGAGCAAGCGUUAUUGUCAAAGAACAACCAUUCAGCUCAAGUGAAACACGUAGAGAGGAUCAAAGAGAAACCUGCAACUUCUGCUCCAUCGUCCGCAGAAAUUCUUGCAUCUGCUCAACCUCAGCAGUCUGCCCAAUCAACACGUUCCAAAGCAUUGAGUCCCAGAGAAGCCGAGAAGCAGAGGAGAGUAGAGGCAGCGAGAAGAAAGAGGCUUGGGCAAUAG